AUGACUGAUUGGGAUGUGCUAGUCAAGUCAAUGCUGAGCCACUUGAUAUCUGUAUGCAUGCAUGAUUUCUGCGAAGAUGUAGAUGUUGUGCAUGGUGGAGGAGUAGGUCGUGAAAAUUGCACAGAAACAAGAUGUAGCAGCGAUGGCCCAGCUAUCCGGUUCCCAUUUCGACUGAAAGGUAGGCAACCGGUCCAAUGUGGUUCCCCGGGCUUUGAUCUUGCAUGCACCAACGACAACCAGACACUACUUCAGAUGCCAUCAUCAUCUAAGCUCUUUGUUACAGAGAUUAACUACAAAUCACAGACAAUUGAAGCAGAACUUGCACCUGAUUGCUUGGACGGAGACAUUUUCGACCUUGGUUCUUCUUCUACCUUUAAAUAUGUAGGCAACGCAAGCUUGUUCAGUUGCCCACCAUCAACUGUGAGAGAUCAAUAUAUUACAGCAUAUCCCUACAAGUACAAUUCUCGUUGUCUGGCAAGAUUGAGCCCUUGCCAUGGUAAUCCAGGCAACCAAAUUUUUGCUUUUAGGACAGGUUGUUGUUCUAUUGAUAACAUUCCCUUGGUGUCUUGUACCAAGGUGCAUGACUACUUAGAUUAUCUUGCAUACACAGAUGACUAUAUAUUUGGCAAUAUAUAUUCACGCGUGUCUCUCUACUGGUCCAUACCAUCUUGUAAAUUCCAUUGUAAAGAAAAGGGCGAGCUAUGUCGAUUCACAAAUCAGACAGAUCCUCAAAUUCAAUGCUUGGAUAGACCCAAAGCCAGAGCAGGGAAGAAACGAUUUGAAUUUUCAAUUACAUUAGGUCAUGUCAUAGUAUGUAUCGGACUUUUUAUCGUAGUUACUCAUAUUCUUAUAUCGACUGGAGCAAUAAUCAGCUAUCCCUUUUGCACUAAAAGACAAGAAAAUCAGCUGAGAAUUAAAAGAUUUUUGGAUGACUACAGAGCUCUUAAGCUAAGCAGAUAUUCUUAUGCAGAUAUUAAGAGGAUAACGGAGCAGUUCAAGGAGAAGCUGGGUCAAGGGGCCUAUGGAACUGUCUUUAAAGGUAAACUUUCCUCUGAAUUACUUGUUGCUGUGAAAAUCCUCAACAAUUCAAAUGAGAAAGGGGAAGAUUUUAUUAAUGAAGUGGGCACAAUGAGUCAAAUCCACCAUGUCAAUGUGGUACGCUUGGUUGGUUACUGUGCUGAUGGCUUUAUACGAGCUCUUGUUUAUGAAUUCUUACCAAACGGUCCACUCCAGAAUUUCUUAUCAUCAGCAGAUAAUGAGAGUUCGUUCCUUGGUUGGGAUAAGUUGCAACAUAUUGCUUUAGGUAUAGCCAAAGGAAUUGAAUAUAUUCACCAAGGUUGUGAACAACAAAUCCUCCACUUUGACAUCAAACCCCAUAAUGUGUUGCUAGACCAUGAUUUCACUCCAAAAGUUUCCGAUUUUGGUUUAGCCAAGUUGUGCUCUAAGGAUCAAAGCACGGUAUCCAUGACUGCAGCGAGGGGAACCAUGGGCUACAUUGCACCAGAAGUCUUCUCUAGGAACUUCGGUAAGGUGUCAUAUAAGGCAGAUGUCUAUAGUUUUGGAACAUUGGCAGAUGUCUAUAGUUUUGGAACAUUGCUUCUUGAAAUGGUUGGGGGCAGAAAGAAUUUUAAAGUUAUGGAAGGCUCCACCAGCCAGGUCUACUUCCCAGAAUGGAUCUAUAACCUCUUAGAACAAGGGAACGACCUUCGCAUCCAUAUUGGAGACGAAGGAAAUGUUGAAAUUGCUAAGAAACUUGCGGUUGUGGGUCUAUGGUGCAUCCAAUGGCAUCCAAUAGACCGUCCUUCCAUGAAAACAGUAGUUCAAAUGUUGGAAAGGGAAGGUGACAAUCUGACCAUGCCUCCUAAUCCUUUUGCCUCUACUUCAUCUUUGAGUUGAAUGAGAAUUCAUGUGCCAGCAAGAGCA